AUGUCCCCCUCGUCGUCGUCCUCGCCGGCGGCGCGCCCCGGGCGGGGGCCAGCCGUGAGACCGCACUCGGCGCCGACGCAGCACAACCAGUCGGUGGCGGACCCGGUCGCGCACUUCCGGGCGAUCCCGUGGUGCGCGGCGCUGCUGGCGGACCCGGCGGUGCUCGAGGUCGUGGUGCCGGACCGGCGGCCGCUGCCGUCGGGCGAGUCCAACUUCGUCCGGCGCACCGUCAACUCGGCGACCACGGUGCGCGCCUGCGUCACCUUCUUCCGCGCCCUCGACGACCGCCCCGGCCAGGCCGCGCCCGAGGCCGCACCCGCUCGGCCGCUCUCCGCCUCCGCCCCCCUGCUCGCCGGCGGCGGCCCAACCGACGGCGAGGACCCCCGCAACCCGUUCCUGCUCCUCAGCGCGCUCGUCGACCUCGGCCCCGACUGCAGCGGCUUCGCCGGCACCCUGCACGGCGGCCUCUGCGGCGUCCUCAUGGACGAGGUCAUGGGCACCGCCGCCAACUUCCAGGCCGAGAACGGGGCCUACACGCUGAGCUUCACGACGCGCUUCCGCCGCGCCGUCGCGACGCCCCAGGUCGUCCUGGCGCGCGGCCGCGUCGUGCGCCGCGACCGGCGCAAGAUCUGGGUCCGCGGCACGCUCGAGGACAAGGACGGAAGGAUAUUGGCCGAGGGAGAAGGGCUCUGGCUCUCGAUGGACCGCGACAUCGGCCGCAGCCAGCUAUGA